CCUUUGGACCCAUAAAAAUUUUCACUUUUCUCCGUUUCUCUUUUUCCUCUUAUUUCCACAAUUUCUUUUUCUUUUUCUUUUCCUUUUUUUAAAGAAAACCCUAAACCAAACCCUCCUCUCUUCAAAAUUUCACAAUUUUAAAUUACAUUGCUUAAUUAGAUUUUUUUCUCACACUUCCUCUUUUAGUUUUCUUCCAGAUGAAUACUCAUUUCUAUAGUUGAGCUGCCAUUUCCUUUAAUAUCUCAAACCCAUUCCCCUAAAUCGGUGUAACAAAAAUCCAAUCUUUUCUUACACUCUUUCUUUCCCACAUUUCAGAACUCAUUGAUCUUCCAUUUUACUCAUUACCCGUUUCAAUUUUGAUCCUCGUGAUCGUGAACGAUCAAUAAAGUUUGCAUUUUGUUGUACAAAUUCAGAGAAUUUUUGUACUUCUCGUUUUGUACAAUCUGCAUUUUAUUAUAUCCUUUUUGUAGAUUAGUGUUGUCAUUUUCUUCUUAGAGGAAACUUGGUUAUGUGUCGAUGGAGAACAUUGGAGAGGCAGCGGAUGAUCAGGGCUCAGGAUGGUUUGAAGUGAAGAAGAAGCAUAGAAGUAGUGCAAAGUUUUCUGUAAAGAGUUGGUCUGGUGGAUUUUUGGGAAAAAAUGGUUCUGGUUAUCAGCUUACUCAGCCUUUGUCUGGUGAAAAAAGUGGGAAUUUGCGUGGCCAUCGUAGAUCCCAGCUUCCAAAAUCAGGACCAACUCUAUCCUCAAAUAGCUUUGAUAAUGUUGCUAAUUCUGCUUCAAUGUCAAAUCAAGACGAAAAUGGUGUCUUCUAUGCUGAUAAAGCAGAGGCUAAAGGGGAUAGUGGAGAUGGCAAGUUGCAACAGUUGUCUGGCACUAAUUCUAGUGCCAAAGCUGGAGAUACUCAGAAAAUAUUAGAUGCAGAUAAGCCUGAUGUGUUUCCCAAAAUCAAAUGGGGUGAUCUAGAGGAUGAUGUUUUGGUAAUGCAUUAUGAUAACAAUUCUCGAGCUGCUGUCAAACUUGCUGAUACUGGAGGUAAUGAUUUACUGGCUGGAAAGCUUGAGGAUAAUUGUCAUUUGGUUUCUGAAGUUUCUUCUUCCACCAAUCUCCAAGAAAAUAAACUGAUGACAACAUCUGUAGAUGUAGAUAUUUAUCCUGAUCAAACUAUCGCUCCUAAUAAGGAGGACUUAACUGAAAUUAUCUGUAAAGAGAUGAGUGACAUGACUGCUUCAAAUGAUAUUUCAAAUAGCAAGGAAAUACAUAAUGAUAAUGAACAUUUUAAACCAAUAGAGAAUUAUUUAAGUUCUAAUUGUCAAUUGGGUCAGGCUGGGAUAGUGUUGACAUGUAAGGUGCCUGCUGUUGUUUCUAAGGUAAAUGAUACAGAAGUUUCUGACGUAUCAGUCAGAAGUAGGAAUUCAGCAGCAGUUCCACAGGACUGUGAAUCAAUUCUAACUGGAAAGUGUGAACCCGAAAUUUCUAGGGACACUGGUAUUGUGGUGGAACUUCAUUCGCCUGUUGCAUCUGCAGUAAAUGAGUUAAAACCUUCUGAAUUAACAGUUACAAAUGGGAAUUCUGGCACAAUGGUGAAUACUCUGGAUGGUGAAUUGCAUCCAUCUAAAAAGAGUGAUCCUGAAAUUUCUAGAGAUUCUGGAAUAGUGGAGAAACCUCAGUUGCCUGCUAUAGCUGAGGUAGAUGAGUCACUAAUAUCUGAAGUAUCUGAUAUAAAUGGGAACUCAAAUACAGCAGUAGCUGCCCAUAAUAUUGAGACACUUGCAAAUGAAAAGCAUGGACCUGAAGUUUCAGGAGAUUCUAGAGUAAUGUCAGUUUCUGUUGGGAGCUAUGGAAAAGAAAGUGAACUGUUGAAGACCAAGACUAUGAACCCCCUUGAGGAAGGUGAGAUAGGUGAAAGCAAAGAAAGGUUCAGGGAACGACUUUGGUGCUUUCUGUUUGAGAAUCUUAACAGGGCUGUAGAUGAACUUUACCUUCUUUGUGAACUUGAAUGUGAUAUGGAGCAAAUGAAAGAGGUCAUUCUUGUUCUUGAGGAAGCUGCAUCUGAUUUUAAAGAACUGACUACUCGAGUUCAGGAGUUUGAAACUGUGAAAAGGUCCUCUUCUCAAUCAUUUGAUGGGAUUUCAGUUCCUUUGAAGUCUGACCAUCGCAGACCACAUGCUCUCUCGUGGGAGGUCCGGAGAAUGACUACUUCACCUCACAGAGCGGAGGUGCUAUCUUCAUCUUUGGAGGCUUUUAAGAAAAUUCAACAAGAAAGAGCAAACAUGCUAACAGCCAAUAAUGGAAAAACCCUGGCUCUUGAGUGUUCUAAUCACCAACAUGUGCCUGAUGAUAAUUUGAGGAAAUCAGCUGGUAAAAAGGUUAUGGUACUAAAUGCUAGAGAUUCAAUAAUAAAAUCAAGGAAACAAAGUGGAGAUUCAGAUUUCACUCUGAGUAGUUUGAAUGGUGAGAAGCGAAACGUUGAAUUAGGCAGGACCAAUAAAGUAAACUUUGUGCAAAAUGGUCAUGUUCAUUCUCAUAACCCAUCCUCAUCUGAUGCCAAUGUAUCUCGGUUGCCUUCUAGGGAGACUUCUGCUUCCUCUGGUGCUGGAAAGAGCAAGAGAGAAUCUGAAUCAGACAAGCAACUUCAUAAGAAAGAGAAAACUUUGGCAGAAAAUACCAUUGAGAAAAACCAAAAAUCCACCGAUCCCCCUCGGAAACAGUUUCUUCUUUCUGAAAAGGAUAAGGAAAAGAGAAAUUCUAAUUCGUGGAAGUCAAUGGAUGCAUGGAAGGAGAAGAGGAAUUGGGAGGACAUACUUUCAUCUCCUUUCCGUGUCUCGUCCCGCAUUUCACAUUCACCAGGUAUGAGCAGAAAAAGUGCUGAGCGUGCACGUAUUUUGCAUGAUAAACUUAUGUCACCUGAGAAGAAGAAGAAAACUGCUGUGGAUUUGAAAAAGGAAGCAGAAGAAAAGCAUGCACGGGCUAUGAGGAUCAGAAGUGAGUUGGAGAAUGAAAGAGUUCAAAAGCUUCAGCGUACGUCUGAGAAGUUAAAUCGAGUAAAUGAAUGGCAGGCUGUACGCACUAUGAAGUUACGAGAGGGAAUGUAUGCUCGCCACCAGCGUAGUGAAUCUCGACAUGAAGCUUUUCUAGCUCAAGUUGUCAGGAGAGCUGGUGAUGAAAGCAGUAAAGUUAACGAGGUUCGUUUUAUUACUUCCUUGAAUGAAGAAAAUAAGAAGCUGAUGUUGCGCCAGAAACUUCAUGAUUCUGAGUUGAGGAGAGCUGAAAAACUUCAAGUGAUAAAAACAAAACAAAAAGAAGAUAUGGCUAGAGAGGAAGCUGUUUUAGAACGAAGAAAACUUAUUGAAGCUGAAAAGCUGCAGCGUCUUGCCGAGACACAGCGGAAAAAAGAAGAGGCUCAAGUUAGAAGAGAAGAGGAGCGCAAAGCGUCAAGUGCAGCUCGUGAAGCAAGGGCCAUUGAACAACUUAGAAGGAGGGAGGAGCGUGCCAAAGCCCAGCAAGAAGAAGCUGAACUGUUGGCACAGAAAUUAGCUGAGAGACUUAGUGAGAGUGAGCAACGUCGCAAGUUUUACCUUGAACAGAUACGAGAGAGAGCAUCUAUGGAUUUCAGGGAUCAGUCUUCACCUUUAUUACGCAGAUCCAUGAACAAAGAAGGCCAAGGCCGAUCUACACCAACUACCAGUGGUGAAGUGUAUCAAGAAAACAGUGUUGCAAGUUCAGGAAAUUCUACUUCUACAAUUGCUACAGGAAAUGUCACAUUGCAGCAUUCAUUGAAGCGACGGAUUAAGAAGAUUCGGCAAAGACUUAUGGCUCUUAAGUAUGAAUUUCCUGAGCCUCCAGUUGGUUCUGAAAAUGCUGGUAUUGGAUACAGAACUGCAGUGGCAAGUGCUAGAGCAAAACUUGGAAGGUGGCUUCAAGAACUUCAAAGACUUCGACAGGCAAGAAAAGAAGGGGCUGCAAGCAUAGGCCUCAUUACUGCUGAGAUGAUCAAGUUUUUGGAGGGCAAGGAGCCUGAGCUGCAGGCUUCUCGACAAGCAGGACUGCUUGAUUUUAUUGCUUCUGCAUUGCCUGCAUCUCAUACAUCAAAACCUGAAGCUUGCCAGGUUACAAUACACCUUCUAAAACUUUUGCGAGUCGCCCUAUCUGUACCUGCAAACCGGAGUUAUUUUCUAGCUCAAAAUCUUUUACCUCCAAUCAUUCCCUUGCUCUCUACAGCCCUUGAGAACUAUAUAAAGAUUGCAGCAUCUUUAAAUGCCCCUGGGAUUACCAACCUGCCAUCAAGCAAAACAUCAGUUGAAAAUUUUGAGUCAAUAUCUGAAGUACUGGACAAUUUCUUAUGGAUUGUUGGAGCUGUUAUUGGUCAUACAAGUUCUGAUGAAAGGGAACUCCAAAUGCAAGAUGGCUUGCUGGAGCUAUUGAUUGCUUACCAAGUUGUUCACCGGUUGCGAGAUCUUUUUGCACUUUAUGACAGGCCUCAAGUGGAAGGCUCACCAUUUCCUUCUUCUAUUCUUUUAAGCAUACAUCUGUUGGUUGUUUUAACAUGCAGACCCAAGACUUAUAGUUCCAUUGACUGGGAAACUUCUCCAAUUGAAACCGUUCUUGGAUUUGACAAUCAAGAAUCUAAACCAGCAGAGAUUGCUGCAGAUAUGACCUCUGAAGAAUGCAGACCUCCACUAUCUGUAUUAAAUGGUAGUGCAGUUGCAGAUAUAGCAGAGGAUAGACCAUUACAUGAAUCAUGUAGUAAGAGUGAUGAGUCAUCAUCCAUUGGCAAAGAUGGUGAGAAGAAACCAACUUGUAGUUCGGCAGAAUUGAAUGAUGCCAAUAUUAACUUGAAAGAUGUUCCAUAUGAAUUCAAGAAAGUUCUGAUCGAGGAGAGGGAUGAUAAACACAUGGUCAGUAAUGGUGCAGAGCAAAAGAAUAAUAACACAUUUAGCAUGAAGCAACCGGUGCCUUUUCUUCUUUCUACCAUAUCUGAAACUGGACUGGUCAGUCUUCCCUCUUUGCUGACAGCUGUGCUAUUGCAAGCAAACAAUAGAUUGUCCUCUGAGCAGGGUUCAUAUGUCCUUCCAUCUAAUUUUGAAGAGGUGGCAACUGGUGUGCUGAAGGUUUUGAACAAUUUGGCUCUUUUGGAUAUUACAUUUAUGCAGAAAAUGCUGGCUAGGCCAGAUUUGAAAAUGGAAUUUUUCCAUUUAAUGAGUUUUCUUCUUUCUCAUUGCACUAGCAAAUGGAAAGUAGCUAACGACCAGGUUGGGUUGCUUCUGCUUGAAUCUCUUUUGCUGCUCGGUUAUUUUGCUUUGUUCCACCCUGAAAAUCAAGCUGUCCUCCGGUGGGGAAAGAGUCCUACAAUACUUCACAAGGUAUGCGAUCUGCCAUUUGUGUUCUUCAGUGAUCCUGAAUUGAUGCCAGUUUUGGGUGGCAUGCUGGUUGCUGCCUGUUAUGGAUGUGAGCAGAACAAGUCUGUGGUUCUGCAAGAAUUGAGUAUGGAUAUGCUACUCUCCUUGUUAACAUCUUGCAAGAGUGUUUCGCUGGCAGAUCGAACCAAUCAAACUUCUGACAAUUUGCCUCUUGAUGAUUGUGUCGAAAGUAAUCAACAGAAUCCUGAUCUAAAAAAAUCUCAUGGAGAUAUUCCAUUGAAAUCCAACCGUUACAACACUAAAAGCGCUAGAGUUUCUUUGGGGAAAGCUGGUGUCUUAGGAAACAGUGUCAGAGGCAGCAAGAUGAGAAGCCAAAGGGACUGCAAAGCAACAAAAAUUGGUGAAGAAAUGGCUUUGAAGCAUAGUCCAGUGGCUCCUGAAACUUCUGUGAUGUUGCAUUCUAGGUUCCCUAGUAGCUUCAUUGACAGGGUGGAGCAGUUCUUUUCAGCAGGGACCGGCAACGCAGCUGAAGUUUAAAUCAAACAUGCCAUAAUUCUUGAUCUUUAUACAGAUGUUGCUGCACAUGCUAUGCUUUGAAGGAUAUGAUCCCUUUAGAAUUCAUGGGUACCAGUCAUGAAAGGGAAAGUCAGUGAUUCACUGAUAAAGGGGACUUCUGGAACUUAGAUUGUGGUAGAAGAAAAAAUAAUUUUGGCACUAACACAAGUCAAGAUCAAGAUCGAUUAGAAUGUAGGUGAUAUUUAUGUGUAAAAAACUCUCAUCCAUUUAUUUACAUGUGAAACCCACAUCCCAGUAUAAAGUUACAUGACAUUCAAGUUUUUAAUCAUACAUAGUGUUCAAAGAGCACUGAUUUCUCUCA